AUGAGACAAAGAAAUCAGAGACCAAAGACACACAGUGUGGUAGUUGACCUUGUACGGAAGAUAUUAAGCGAGUCAUGUAAGACAAGAACAUCUAAGAAGCUUGCUUGUGAUUUAUCAAAUUUACUCACAAAUCCUCAGAUAUUGAACAGUCUGACAAGCCUAUGUCAGCAAUUGACUCAGAUACUUUCAGUCCCAGGAAGUAAGCCAUCAACCUCGAGAGAUGUUACAAUGAGGAGUGAUUACUCAACUAUGCAAUUCUCAGUACCAGAGGUAGAAAUGAUUACAGAUGAUAAUAAGAUGAGUAUUAGUGAUAACACUCAGUUCUCAGAUAUGGAAAUAUCCUCAUCAAAAAUUAGUAGGCUAGGCCUUCCUAACAGAUUCAACAAAGAUACAAUAAGAAGACUAGAUGGGCAGUUCCAUUCUCCUUCUUUGAAGAAAAGAAGCAAGAAGAGUAUGGUUAAAAUUUAUCAAAGCCAAACUGAAAAUACAUCUGAUAGAAGAAUCACAAGGUCGAUGAGCAAGUUUCAGGAUAAAAAAUCAGAGGCUGGGAUUCCUGACAAGGAGUGAAGCCACAAGAGAGAGCCCUUUCAUGAACCUUCAAGCUCUUCGAUGAUGCAAAGACCUAGCCUGAAUUACUCAUGCUGCAUCUGAAACACUUUUCAGACCACUGACCUCUCAAGCUUUAUCAAUCACAUGAGAACGGAGAACAAGAGUGUAAUUGCCAACAAUCUUCACUAAAAACCAUGCUUACACUCCUAGUGAUUUUCAUAAUCCAAUAAGCUAGUUUUCAA